CGAUCCUGCAUAAAGCAAGAAAAUAAAAUAAAGAAAACAACAACUGAAAGUACCAGCUACAAGAGGAAAAGUGAUUUUUUUUGUACAUACAUACAUUAUUUUUAUUUUUUUGACAAAAGUGCUAUAAAUUGCGUAUUAGACUGAAAUUUAGGAAAAAAUUAUCAAUUUUUUCAAUAAAAAAAAGAAAAAAAGGCAAAUUAAGAAAACAGUUAACAACUGUUAAUAAAAGUGUGGUGACGGGCAAAAAAAGUUUGGGUGAAAAAACACACGGAAGCGUGUGGUGUGGCAAAUAAAUAGAAAAUCAUUAUUAUUAUUAUUUUUUUUUUUUUUAUAUAAAAAGUUAUAUACGUUUUUAGUAGAAAUUAAAGAAAUUGCCUUUAAAGUAAAGCAAUAUUAACAAUAAUAACAUAUAAAUGAUGAGUGUCGUAAGACAUAUAUUCCUGCUAUCACAAUUGCCCAAAAGCGGGGUCAACUCUUAUUGGUUAAAAGCUCUUUGCUGCAACUCGUAUGCGCAGAUUAAAUGUGUUCAUAUCGCUAACAAUCCUAGAAUUGAUAUAACCUUAUCGCAUGCAGCUGGUGGUGCCAGUCCAGUUGGCGGCAGUAGUGGUUUAGGAACAGGCGGCAAGGAUACCGCAAAUACUACUACAACGUCAACAACCGCAUCAGCUGGUUCUGGAGGUGAACCGCCAAAUGAUAAAAAUUUUCUAGCCUGUCCGAAAUGUGGUAGUCCUUGCACGCAAGUCGAGACCUUUGUUAGUUCUACGCGCUUUGUUAAAUGCGCGAAAUGCAAUCAUUUCUUUGUAGUACUAUCUGAGUUGGAUGCGAAACGUAAUCUUAAAGAAGAACCGAAAAAUCAGCGUAAACCACCUCCGCCGCCGCAAAAAAUUAUGGAGUAUUUAGAUAAGCAUGUUGUAGGCCAGGAAUUUGCAAAGAAAGUGCUUUCGGUGGCGGUUUAUAAUCACUACAAACGUAUACAUCAUAAUUUGCCACCCAUAACACCGCAACCGCAGCCACAUAUGGCGCCCGGACCUAUAAUCAAUGAUCCUAUGGGUACCCGGACAGAUUUAUUGCACAUUACUGGCAUUGGUCAUACUAUGGGCAGCUCAUCGGGCACGGAAUUACCACCCAAGCAUCCGCAUAGUACUGCUAACCAUAAUCAUGCUCAUGAAACUGGUUCUGAAAUACUCGAAAAACAGAACUACGAAGUAAAACUGGAGAAAAGCAAUAUUAUCAUGUUGGGACCCACUGGUUCGGGUAAAACCCUAAUAGCUCAGACUAUAGCUAAAUGUUUAGACGUACCAUUUGCAAUUUGUGAUUGCACCACGUUAACGCAAGCUGGUUAUGUGGGCGAGGACAUUGAAAGUGUGAUUUCCAAAUUAUUACAAGACGCUAAUUAUAACGUGGAUCGAGCUCAAACCGGCAUAGUGUUUCUUGAUGAAGUGGACAAAAUCGGCGCUGUUCCGGGUAUACAUCAACUAAGGGAUGUGGGAGGCGAGGGCGUGCAACAGGGUAUGCUCAAAAUGUUAGAAGGGACCAUAGUUAAUGUGCCCGAACGCAAUUCACCCCGCAAAUUGCGUGGGGAAACUAUACAAGUCGAUACCACCAAUAUAUUGUUUGUUGCCUCUGGUGCUUAUACCGGGUUGGAUCGCCUUAUAGCCAGAAGGCUUAACGAAAAGUAUUUAGGUUUUACUGCUCCCACGUCAGGUUCAUCCGGUCGUAGAGCAGCUCAAUCGUCUGCUUACGCGAUGGAUAGUGAUCAGGAAGAACGUGACCGAUGUUUAACUAAAGUACAAGCUCGUGAUCUCGUCGAAUUUGGCAUGAUACCCGAAUUUGUCGGUCGUUUUCCGGUAAUAGUGCCUUUCCACAGUUUGAAUGUGAAUAUGUUGGUACGUAUUCUAACUGAACCAAAAAAUGCUUUGGUACCGCAAUAUAAAGCAUUAAUCGGAUUGGACCAUGUGGAUUUAACAUUUACCGAAAAUGCUAUCAAAUCUAUUGCCAAAUUGGCUAUGGAUCGUCAAACCGGCGCUAGAGGUUUACGUUCAAUUAUGGAGCAACUGUUAUUGGAUCCUAUGUUUUUAGUGCCUGGUUCUGACAUUAAGACUGUGCAUAUUACCUCUGCUUGUGUUUUGGGUAAAGAUAAACCGCUCUAUUUGCGUAACGAAGAUGCCACAGAUGAUGAUAACGAUACGAAAAAUUAUGAAGAAGGAGCAAAAGUCCGGGCCAGCCAAUAAGUGCGUAAUAUAAGUUUGAAACAAAUUUCAACGUUAUAGUUGCCUCGUCACCUACACACCGACAUGAAAAAAGAAUAAUCUCAUUGGUAUCCAUUCGUUAGGCUAAAAAUUAGCGAAUCGAAAGGAAACAAAAUGUCCGGAUUACAUACAUUUUUAACGGCCCCGUUAGAAAAUUAAUGUAUUUAAAAGCAUAAAAUUUUAUUUUUAUUAUUUCGUAACAGUUGUAGCAAAAACAAUUCGCAGACAACACAAAAUAGAAAAUAAAUAUAUAU